ACCAGACAUAUCCUUUACAAAAGGCAGUUCUCGGAAUGACUGCCUUCAGCCUCUUCGGUCUGGCUCUAUUGCCAAUCCUCGCUAAUGCGGCUCCCCUCUUUGCCUCCCUUGGCACACCCGCCUCACGCGUCUUACCCUCGUCCGUCUCCUUGUUGUUCAACAACAACCUCAACUACACACAAGAUGCCGACCACAGCUCCUUCUUGCUCCUGCACUCGCCGCAAACAAACAUCUCCGAGGGCCAGGCAGCCUGCUCUUGGUUCUCAGAAAGCCUCCUGACCGCAGAGCAAGCUCGAGGCAAUGCAAGUGACCUCACAGACCUACUACGCUACCACACCUACCGGGGUGAUGUGGGCGCAGGUCAACACAUCAUGCUAGCAGACGCAACUGUAGCCUACAAUGCCGAGACUGGCAAGCUCGUCUUUCUGAAACUGUACGAAGACAACCAGGUCUCGGCCCCUUGCUUGUGUACCCAGAGCGACCGACAGACGCUGGCAUCACAGAGCAACGCUACCGCCGACAACACUGUGUCUGUGAUCGAUCCAGCAACAGGCAAUGCAUACAAUGGCUACCGCAAUCUCAAGUCCUUCCGCUUCCUGGGCAUCCCGUACUCCAACGGGCCUGGCCGAUGGGAAUAUGCGCAGGUCGAGGGCUCUAGAGGCGAGGUCUUCGAAGCCACCUCCUUCGCGUCACCAUGCACUCAGACUGCCGUCGAGCGCUCAAGUGAAGACUGCCUCUACCUCAACAUCUGGACCCCUUACCUUCCUGCGCCGGAAGCCGAAAAACACUUGAGCAAGAAGCCACUACGUCCGGUCUUCUUCUACCUUCAUGGAGGAGCCUUUGUUUCUGGCGAGGGCUCGGACCCAAUGGGAGAAGGAGCGAAUGUCGUCUCCAGGGGCGACGUUGUCAUGGUCUUCCCGAAUUACCGCUUGAGCAACCUCGGCUUCCUCAACAUCCCUGGCACGAACAUCACAGGCAACUAUGGAAUCGCUGAUCAGAUGACAGCUCUGGAGUGGGUCAGGCAAAACAUCGAAGUCUUUGGAGGUGACCCCAAUCACAUUGUGAUUCACGGCGACAGCGCAGGAGCAGCUUCCGUACAAGCUAUGCUGCAUAGCCCAGUAGCGAGAGGCAAAUUCGUCGGAGCGAUCAUCAGCUCCAAUCCAGGCGGCCACUAUGGCAAUGAGUACUCGAGAUACCUGACCCCUGAAGCAGCUUACAACAAGGUCGGAAUAGUCAACAUCCAGCAGGCAGGAUGUGUGAAAGAUGACCUCGCCGAAACAGUAGCUUGUCUGAAGGCGCUCCCCGCCAAGGACCUGGUCGCCAAGACUUUCGCGACCCUCAGCAACGACAGUCAAGCUCAUUACAUCAUUCAGGAUGGUCAUUACAUCACGUCAGAACAUCUGCAGGUGACAGACCCUUCCCAGGUUGCCCAGGUCCCAAUCAUGAUUGGAACUACUGCCGACGACGGAGCUCCUUUCCUCAACUUCAAUGACUCUGGCACUACCAGAAAGCAGGCCAUCGAUGCCGUCCUGGCAAAUCAGAGCAAUCCAUCUGCAGCAUUCGAAGCAGCCGUGUCCGCCGAUAAGGCUCUCUUCCCACUCCCUACAGCGACAAACAAUGCAUCUCUCAAUGCCUUCAAUCUCACCGCCACCAUCUUCACCGACAUCACCUUCAGGUGCGUCGGCCAAGCAACGGCAUACAGCGCCGCCAAGCACAGAACCUUUCCCCGCGUGUACAGCUAUCAAUUCCUGCGCACCUACCAGCAAUACUUCAGACUACCCCACGAAGUCUGUGAUAGCAGACUGGGCUCGUUCCGCUGCCAUGGUGGUGAUCUGCUGUACUACUUUGGGACCCUGGACCAAUUCGGUUCCCCAUACAGGGACGGCAAGGAUCUCCUCUUUGGCAGGCUGGUCAUGGAUCACUGGACGAGCUUUGUGCGUCACCUCGACCCGAACCCUUCAAAGGAGUACCUAGCUGCGAGGGGCAAGGCGUACAAGACGACGGCUGACGCGCUUGCGAAGACCGGAAGAUGGGAGCCUGUGGACGUGGCCGGGAAGAGGUCGCUGAGACUGCUCGAUUGGCCUUCGAGGCAGAGCGAUUUCGACAGGGUCAAGCAGUGCGAGGUGGAGGGUCUACCAAUCUCGACCUACUGGGAGAACUCAGGCUAGAGUUACUCUAUAUGCUUUCAUAGUAUACAUUGUUCUGAUGGAGCAAGUGACAUGCGACCCGAAUCUACAGACCCGUCGUGGCGUCUAGUAAUGCGAUACCCCUUCUGGUCCUCUCACUACAAUACCGUGUCCAUUCUCAACUUCUCUGACUGUGUGUGUAUGUGUUUGCAGC